AUCAAAAUAUCGUUCUAUAUCUAUAUCACCACUAACUGUGCUAUUGUGGAUUUUUUUUAUAGACAAAAAUGAUAGAAAUAACUUGCAACGAUCGACUGGGAAAAAAGGUGCGCGUCAAGUGCAACCCGGACGACACUGUUGGAGACUUGAAGAAACUUAUAGCGGCACAAACAGGCACAAAACACGAGAAGAUUGUACUGAAGAAAUGGUACACAAUCUACAAGGAUCCCAUCCGCCUAUCUGAUUAUGAAAUCCAUGACGGCAUGAAUCUGGAACUUUACUACCAAUAAAUAUGCAUUAGUGACGAUGCCUUCCCCUGCAUCGCGCAAGAGUCCGUUUUUAUAGCUACUAUAGAUAAAUAAACAAAUUCACACAAAUAUUUA